AUGUCGUUGUGUGAGGACGAGGCGUAUCACCACGACUACGAAAAACUCGUCACCAAGGGAUCCUACCUACGUUCCAGAAGGUCGCUGCAUCAGCAGAGGAGACGGUCUGCCGACAACGCAAUUCUCACGAAGACGUUGCUCGACCCGGCUGGAGUGUUAAGCAAGAAACAGAAAAAUCGUUUACUCUCUGCACGUGACAAUGAUUUCCAAUUCGAUGUCCCGUAUUCGCUUAACAAACACUGCAGAUGGGAAACCGUAAAUCCUAAGUCAUUGCUUCUGAACAGCACCGAAUUUGACCACGAUGUUUUGGUGGCAGAUGCUGUCGCUAAUAGUUCCUGUUCUGAACCUGCACUUGAUUAUCGAGUACAAAAAGUACAUUUGCUUGACGAUGAUGCUUUAACUACUCUCUCCACUACUGGGAAGGCGAAAGAGCUCGCCUUCUUCAAUGAAGCGCUUAGAGAAUGGAAGGACAAACCCAAAGACGAACCUGAUACGGCCAGAAUCCAAUUCAACAUCAUUAAAAAUUCUUCCUCCCAUCACCCCAGCCCAAUGUCGCCAAAGAGAAGGAAAAGGAAACCGUUCACAGCCAGAAAGUUGGUAAACGAUGUGGAGCUCCAUGAUUACUAUUCAGACGAGUCCUGUGUUGAUGACGAUUCAACUGUGGAGGGCGAAGCUGAGGAAUAUGAGUUGCCCAGCCUAGCUCUAAGUGACUUCAUCACUGAAAGUUGUUCAUGCGGUGCCAAUCACGUUCUAUCUACUCCUACGGCAAACACUCAGCCGUCGCCUUCGGGAAAGGUCGAGCUGGAAUGUUUGACGCCUCUCGAACUUGCAGACAUUUCUCAGGCCAUUCGUAUGGACUGCAUCUUUAAGGUGCUCGACAUUAAACGAUCUCAGUUAAAGCCGUUCGAUCUGCAUGAGAAGGUAUCUUCUCUGGUCCCGAAUUUGCAUCAUGGUCAGUUUGUCGUGCACUGGUUCGACAAGACAAGAGUGUCCAUUUCCAAUCAACCGCUUGCGGAUAUUGUUUUUAUAAUUUUCUUUGAGCUAAAGGACAAUCUUAACACACUCAGGUGUCGUAUUAAUACAAACACGCAAUAUUCUCAACGUCUAGGUGAAGAAGCCCUUAAUAUUUUAAUGACAGAAUCAGAAGAAUUUGACACGUUGCUCAACGAACUCUUGGAUUUCAUAUGGAGAUUCACUACACGACCAGCUCUGAACUGCGUCGCUGAGAACAACAAUCGUAUCAGAAAAUGUGCUCAGAAUUACAAAACUCAAGUGAACAGCAAUAUGAUGGCAGUAGUAGAACACGACCAGUACGUCUUUGUGAAAGAGCGCUAUUACUGUGAAGGACAAGACCUCUGUAAUAACAACGUUGCUUCAGGAGAGCAGGCCGAAAGUCCUCUGUGUCGCACUUGCCACUCAUCGUUGAAGACCGAUCUUUUCCAAUCUGUAGACGGUGUGAUGUGCAAGGAUUGCAUUGCUUCUGAAGUGCUCCAUCAGCUUCGCUUGAAGCAGUUUCCUGUCCGAAUCUCGUUGGUCACAGCUGCCGAUUGUUCGCCUCUGGAUCUUCUCUAUGCUAUCCUUCCGGUCCCAGUGAUGUCGAGUUUAAUUAAGAUGUCGUUUUCUUACUUUUACGCCCUUCAAAAUUCUGAAGCCAUCUUCACGCAGUGCCCUCAGUGUUCAAUCUCACUUGUUAUUAAUGCUCCUAAUGAAUUCAAUUGUUGCAUCUGUCCGUACUGCGAAUGCUACUGGUGUUAUCGUUGCUGCUGGGAGCCACAUUGGCCUAUGAGCUGUCAAGAAUUCAAAGAGUGGAGUCAAGAUUGGGAUGAGCAGUAUCACAUUGAAAGACUUCAUCUCGAUGACAACGAGAAGGUCCUUCGCAUUACCUGCGCCUGUUCAUAUACGUUUUAUGCUCCGGAAAGUACUGCCCACGGUACUCACUGCCCAAAUAAGAAAUGCGGAAAUAAAUAUCGUUUCGAUAAGAACGGCUUGAUGAGGAGUGAGACUGAUCUUUGGUGGUGGUAUCGUGCGACGGAACGAAAAAGAUUCAUCGAGAAAGAUGGGAAAAUGGUGAAAUGGGGAAUGUCGGUAGAACCACAAUGCUUUUUACCAAAGAGAGUAAUAAAGAAGGAUUUUGCUGCUAUAUGUGCAGAUGCAAGAGAUCUUCGUUUCAAUGUGAAGAAACAAGAAAAAUUCAAAGGAGUUGUUAUGAAGACUACUGAGUGCAAAUCUGAGCAGAAUGGAUUUAUGGAUACCAGAAGAACAGAGCUGAUGAGCGUAGAAAGAAUGGUUGAGGAAGGAAAGCAUGAACUUUCCAACGACGUGGAACAUCUGCAGAAAGAGGUGUUAAGCAUGAUUUCUGCGUUCCAGAAGGCUUUGAAAGUGAUAGAUGAAGCGCAUGAGAAUGCAUAG